CAAGUCACGGCAUAUCCGUUAAAGAUAGGCGCGUCUGCGGAUGUAUCACAUUUCAUCAAAAAACACCCUCUAGUUCAAAUUCACUUUCAAUCUCAACUCCAGAAAUUUCACCAAAUUUAUGGAAAUAUGACCACGGACGGUCUAAAGGUCACUAGGGGUCAACCAGACGGGUCAACCAAAAUGGCGGAGACGGAUUGGGACAACAAAUACUCCCCGAUUUCGGUGAGAAAAUUCGUGCGGUUAGACUCCCCAACCAAAACUGGCGCAGGGACGUUGUUUCCCGCGGCCCGGAGCGGCCACCGGUGCGUGGCGGACAACGGGAGUUUGUAUGUGUACGGCGGGUAUAAUCCCGACUUCGACGAGAACAAUGGGACUGUCAAUAUGUAUUAUCCAUUGUUUCGUGAACUCUGGAGGUAUAGCUUUUCCUCAAAUGCAUGGACUAAACUGUCAACGGGAGGAAAUUUUCCAACGGAGCUAGCCUCUAUGUCGGUGCUCCUACAUGGUAAGAACCUGGUGGUGUUUGGUGGAACAGGCGUGCCGUUCGGGGACACCAACAGUAACCGUAUCAGUGUGUGCAAUCUGGAGAGGAAAGAGUGGUGUGAGGUCAGCACAUCAGGGGAACUACCUCAGGCCAUAUAUGGGCAGGCUAUGGUGACGUGUAACGGUUUCCUGUACGUGUUUGGAGGGACGACAGGAUUCGAGUACAACUCAGACCUGCACAGGUUACACCUGAAGGACUGUGUGUGGGAGAAACUAGAGGCACAUAAACCACCAUCAGGAAGAUAUCGACAUGAAGUUGCCUAUGAUGACAGUAGAUUGUACGUGUUGGGAGGGGGCACCUCUUGGGUCUGCUACUCAUUCGACCAGAUCCCAGCCUAUAAUUUCUUGACCCGUCACUGGGAGGAGAUGCCAUGCAGACCUUCCCCACGCCCCAGGGAGAGACCACAGGACAACACUACUGGCUAUCCAUCUGCAAGAAGAUGCCACAGCUGUGUUCAGUAUGGAAAUGCUGUGUACAUCUGCGGGGGUUACAACGGCUGGCAGAUAUUUGAUGACAUCUGGAAGCUGGCGCUGGACACCAUGCAGUGGACUAAACUGCCGGCCACCAUGCCUGAACCCGCGUACUUCCAUGCAGCUGCCAUCACACCAGCUGGCUGUAUGUACAUCCACGGCGGUGUGGUCAGCAUCGAGGAAAACCGCCGGACGUCUUCCCUGUACAGAAUCUGGCUGGUCCUGCCCAGUCUACUGGAGCUCACCUGGCAGCGGGUCAACGACCUCAUCCCCAACCUCCAUAAGAUGUCCCAGGAAUCCCUGCACUCUAUAGGACUGCCACCCCAGCUCAUGGACAGGCUCAAACAAUAGAGAUAGUGGUUCACCUGGAAAUACUUGUCUGUCAGGGCCAUACCAAUUUCAUUUGUUGGCUCUUGGAUCUACCCACUUUAUUUCCUCUGAUUUGCCAAAGAAAGGAAAAAGAGAAACAUGUACAUUCAUGUUCUGAAUUUCAGAAUUAACUCUAAAAUGCUCAUCUUUUGGGACUAACAGUUGAAGAAAGUCCUUGUCUUUGUAGUUAUUGUCAUGUUUUGGAUUUAAUGCAUUAAUUUGGUAAAAAAAUUGAAAAUUCAUUGUAUGAUUUAUAAGCCAGCGAAGUAUAGACUUUGUGGCUCCUAUGGUAGUGUGUGCGUAGGUCUGGAUUUUUUGUGUUCCUACAAAAAUCCGAGAACCAAGAAAUGAAAUUGGUGUGGCCUAAAACAAGUUUUAGCUUCAUUGUUUAAUGUCUUCAUGAUGUUGUCAAUCCAUAGAGCAUGUGAAAAAUGUAGAUAAUAAUCACUUGUGGCACUACAGUUAUGAAAUGUGAUUCAUGUACUGACAAAUUAAAAUCAAACGUGUAAAGAAGUAUACAUGCAUGUCUACAGCUGCUGUCUAUAGUGUAUAUUACAGAGGACUCUGCAUAAAUGUGCUUACUUCCUUUGCUUUCUUGACGUGUAUCUUUACUUCCAGGUAUGGAAGUACUGUUUUGGGUGGCCAAGCUGUGGCUUUAGUUUGUGUGUCUGUUUUUCCAGACAGAGUAGGUUAACAGCACAUGGGUGACGUUUGACAGGGAGAAUAACAGAUCAAAAGGUCCCACACAGGAAAUGGGGUGAACUUAGGGUAGGUUGACAGCACAAAGGGGAAGAUUGGCAGGCAGGAGGCCAAAGGGUCAGACAAGGGUGACUCGGGGUGAACUUGAGGGUCAUAAAAACCCCAACUACUUCCGGCAAAUCUGAGUUCUGUUCUCAACUUGAAAGCAAAGCCUUGCUUUUUAAGUUCCAUUUAGUUGGCAUAGAGUUAGACUUUGCUAUUGGAAACUGCAGAUAUAUGCUUUCCUGUACCUUCUAUCUCUAAUACUUCUAUCUCUGAUACCAUUUCGUAUACAAUGUUUGUAACAUUUUUUAUUUACUGCCACUUCGACUUGCCACAAAGUUCUGUUCAGAUUCAGUAAUGUGAUUUCAUCAGGGUCUUGGAGUCCUCUCAGGCUAAUCUGUGCUGGUCACGUUAUAGGGAAUUAAACUGAAUCAAUUGUUCUCAGAAAGGAUUGACAUUGCCUUGUACCCAACAGCAUUAACACUUAGUCUAGUAGUGAUAAUCCCUGGUUACCAGCUGGAACCUGGCAAGCUAACAGGAGGAGGCAUGUCUAGACUACGGCCUAGAGACAACUCAUUACAUCUUCACUGUAAAGAAAUCUUAAUCCAAUUCAACUCAACCCCAAAUUAUUACAAUAGAUAACAAAGUUGUCCCUGUCUGUAAUGUACUUUAUUCUGUGUCACAGUUGAAAGAAGGGGAAACAUAACAAAGAACAAUUUACAAAGCAGGUGGUAGCCAUGAAAAUACAUAACUGUCUGCAUAUUCAGCUCAUUAUUUUUUUUAGUUUUUAGUUUAGUGUAAUUAGCACUUCAUGUUACAUCCAUCUACAUUGCACACAUGGGCCUAUGUCUCCCAUGUCAAACAAUGUGUACCAUGGUGCGCCUACAAUAUAUAAUAUUGUAAUAUGGUAAGUGAGCAAAACAUUAAAUAUCUGGAAGUGAUUAAGUGUUACUAGCACAGACGAGUUACUACAACCAGCUUGGCAAAUUAUGUCGACGUUGCCAGGUCAUAGUAUUUUGCUGAAUGGUAACAUAUGAUUUUAACUGAGCUCUUAGAUAAAUUUUGUUUUUCAUAAGUUAUUUGAUCCACCGAGUGUGAAAAUUAGUUAUUCUGUAAUGCAUGAAUGAAUGUUUUCAUGCAGUUCUUAUGUUAGCGAACAAUGAUGUCUGAAAUCAGGUAACUUAGUAUGUAAUGUAUUGUUAAAUACUAGUAAGGAUAAAUAAUCAUUUUGACCACAAGAUAAUUACCAAGACUGUGAAGAAUGACUUAACAAGCUUUACUGGUGCUUGUCUGCUGGCUGGCUGUAUGCUUCUACAUUCAAUUUUGAUUUUGUAAAAAGAUAAACCUGAACUGUACAAAGUUGUGCACCAUCUUAUAAAGUACAGAAGAGUGUGACUGUGUGAGUGAGGAGUUUAUGGUAACCUUGCAACUAGAGAAGGAAGCUGAAUAUAGUCAAUCAGAAAUAUAUGCUCCAUAUAAACACAUUUUACAUUUAGUCCAUGCCUUGAGGCCUUUUUUCUUUGGAGUGAUGUUGAAAUGUUCUGGAAUUCUUUCACAAACAUGUCAUCUUAGUUAUUAUGGUUUAUGCGUGUAGUCAAAAGUUUUCCCCCCUCCCCUUUGUGACAUUAACCGGUCAGUUUGUGACUAUUUUUAGUCAAAGAGAUACUGUAUUGUACUUUUAUCAUCAUUUGUGAGUUUCUUUAGGGGUAACAUCACAAACAGCAAAAUCAGUAACACAGCAUUAUGUAGUAGUUAUGAGAUUAAAAAAAAAACUGCUCUAGACUUGUACAUACUGGUAUAUACUCAAGAUAUCAUGUUAGGGAUUUGAUGUUUGAGAAUAGACUCUCAUUUCUUGUCCUGAUGCUUUUCAUGGUAUACAAAGCAGAAUAUAUGAAUAUUCUGUAUGUUAAAGUAUUUAAGUGGAAAGAAUGAUAUGAUGUACAGGGACUGAAAAGAUAUGCAGCUAUUUCAGUAAAACAUUUAUCUUGUCAUAUGAAACUAA